AUGAAACAUAUACAUUUAUUGAAUUUAGUGGUGAUUGCUUUUUUUAGCCUGCUUAAUUUUCAUAAUGUUGACGCUGUAGAGGUUGACGACGCUGUAAAGGUUGACGACGCUGUAAAUUGCAAUGUUACAGUAGAUCGCUUCAACUACGAUCUAACAAAUCUUGAACAAGAAAAGAUAAACAGAACAACGGAUACACCACCUUCGAAAAAGGUGGAACUAUAUUACGUUAGUCCAUGUAAACCAUUAAAUGUUUCAAUAUAUGAGGAUAAAGACGACGAAGGAGAUUAUUGCGGAGAAGAUACAUAUGUCUGUCAAGUAUUAGUCUAUACUAAAGAAAAAAAAGACAAAAACGGAGAGAAAGAGGAGACCCGACUUGUCGCCGAAGUGCAACAAAUUGCGGCUAAUGAUGAAAAAAAUUUAUUAAAUGCAAGUUUUUCACUUGCAUCUCUAGAAGAUAAUGAUAAAGUUCCUCCUCUUUUGCUGACUCUGAAUGGUGGUACAGAUAAAGGAGAAUCACAUCAAGCUAAAUUUACAUUUAUUUGUAGUGAAGAGGAUUCUACACCCACGUUUAAAAGAUAUGAUAAUGGCAUAUUAGAGGUUGAAUGGAAAAUUAGCACUUGUAGCAAGAAACCGCUGGAUCCAGACGAAAACCAAGGACGUGGUUUUACGAAAUUUUUGACCAUAGUAUCUAUUCUUAUUUUGACAUAUUUGGGUAUUGGUGCUGCAUACAACUAUCAUGUCUAUCGAGCGCAAGGAUGGGACCUAAUACCAAAUAGAGAUUUUUGGCGAGAUGUACCAUAUUUGAUUUCGGAUGUACUCAAGUAUGUGGUUAGGGCUUGUCGUGGUGGACGGUCCGGUUAUUCGGGUGUCUGA